GAGGAGAGGCAUCGCGCCGGAGAGCUGGGGCGAGGAGCUCCCUUCUUCUGGCCCUUGUGGCCGGGGCUGGCCCUCUUGGUGUGGGCCCCAGCUUGGCCCUAUGGGAGGGCACCCCUAGGCGGCCCCCGCCCCUCCUUGCGGGAAAGGAGGGGGCUCGAGGGGGCCGGAGGGGGCUGCUUCCACCCGGUGCCUCUCCGCUGCCAAACUUCGCCCUCUCUAUGGAGUUGUGGCGAGGUCGGGCUGCUCCGGGGGCCGCCGCCUUUGCCCUCUCCUGCUUGGUGCUGGCCGUGCUGAAUGGGGGGCCCGCCGGAGCCCACCCCCAGCCCUGCCACAUCCUGGCCCGGGUGGGCCACGCCGUGCGACUGGGGGCGCUCCUGCCCCACGGAAAGAAGGGGCCCCCACCCGGCUCCGUGCGGAAUGCUUUGGCGCACGCCGCGCGCGCCUCCGCCUCGGCUCUGCCCUACAACCUGAGCCUGGAGGUGGUGCCUGGGGCUCCCCGGGAUCGGGACCCGGCCUCCCUGGCUCGCUGGCUGUGCCAGGCGCUGGUGGUCAGGGGGGUGGCCGCCGUGCUGGCCUUCCCUGCCUCCAGGAGGGAGAUGCUCCAGAUCGACGCCGCCGCUGCCUUCUUGGAGAUCCCUUUCCUCAGCUUGGCAGGGAAGCCCUUCCUCAAGGAAGAGGAAGAAGAAGAAGAGGAGGAAGAGGAGGAGGAGGAGGAGGAGGAGCCCCCCAUGCCCUUCAGCAGCUGGAACCCUUUCCACCUCCACAUGGACCGCCAUGUUGACUUCGAGACCCUCUUGGACCUCCUGGCCAACAUCUUCCGGGCCAACAACUGGCAUGAGGUGACCCUCAUCCUCUGCCACGCUUGGGACACCUCGGCUUUUGUGGACCUCUGGACCAGCCGUGCUGGCUUGGAGAGGACAGCAGUAGUGGACCUCAGCCUUUGGGAGGAGGAGGCCGAGACAGCCCGCUACCUCCGCCGACACUUGGAGGAGUACCGCGAGCUCCCGGGACCGGCCCUGCUUUUCGGCUGUGACACCCGGCUCUCUCGGAUGGUCUUCCGGACAGCCAAGGACCUGGGGGUCACUCAGGAGUUCCACUGGGUGCUGGGGCAGCCCCAGAAUGUGGCCGAGCUCCAGACGGAAGGGCUACCCCUUGGUUUGCUGGCCUUCGGGGAGGUGGACCGCCCACCGCUGGAGCAUCUGGUCCAGGACACCGUGGAGCUGGUGGCCCGAGCCAUCGCCAGUGCCGUCGCCCUGCGGCCCGACCUGGCCCUCAUCCAGAGCAUGAUGAACUGCAACGACAAACACCUCGAGGGCUCUGAGUCAUCGGGACGUUACCUCUCCCACUUCCUAGCCAACACCUCCUUCCAGGGCCGGACGGGCAAGGUUUGCGUCCACAACAGGUCCCACAUCCACACAGAGCGCCACUACAAGGUCUGGAGCCUGCUGCGGGACUCGGUGGGGCAGCCCACCUGGGUGACGGUGGGCAGCUGGAGGGGCGGCGAGAUGGAGGUGGAGGAGGGCACCUGGCCCCAGCACCUGCAGCGCAAGAGCCAGGCCGAGGCAGCCGGCCUCUCCCGCAUGAAGCUCCGGGUGGUCACCCUGGUGGAGCACCCCUUCGUCUUCACACGGGAGGUGGACGAAGAAGGCAACUGCCCGGCUGGACAGCUGUGCCUGGACCCUCACACCAAUGACUCGGCGGUGCUGGAUGCCCUCUUUGAGGAGCUGAACUCGGAGAAUGGCUCAGUGCCGGCCGAGUACCGCAAGUGCUGCUACGGCUACUGCAUCGACCUCCUGGAGAAGCUGGCCGAGGACCUGCCCUUCGACUUUGACCUCUACAUUGUCGGAGACGGGAAGUACGGGGCCUGGAAGAAUGGCCGCUGGACGGGGCUGGUGGGCGACCUGCUAAGUGGCACGGCUCACAUGGCGGUCACCUCCUUCAGCAUCAACUCAGCCCGCAGCCAAGUCAUCGACUUCACCAGCCCCUUCUUCUCCACCAGCCUGGGCAUCCUGGUGCGCAUCCGGGACACGGCCUCGCCCAUCGGGGCCUUCAUGUGGCCCCUGCACUGGACCAUGUGGGUGGGCAUCUUCGUGGCCCUCCACAUGACGGCCCUCUUCCUCACCCUGUACGAGUGGAAGAGCCCCUAUGGCAUGACCCCACACGGGCGCAACCGCAUGAAGAUCUUCUCCUACUCUUCCGCCCUCAACCUCUGCUACGCCAUCCUUUUCGGGCGCACUGUCUCCAGCAAGACCCCCAAGUGCUGGACCGGGCGCUUCCUCAUGAACCUCUGGGCCAUCUUCUGCCUCUUGGUCCUCUCCAGCUACACAGCCAACCUGGCUGCCGUCAUGGUGGGUGAAAAGACCUUUGAAGAGCUCUCCGGGAUCCACGACCCCAAGCUCCACCAUCCUUCACAGGGCUUCCGUUUUGGCACCGUCUGGGAGAGCAGUGCAGAGGAAUAUAUAAAGAAGAGUUUCCCUGAUUUGCACGAAUAUAUGAGGCGGCUCAGCGUCCCUACCACCCCUGCAGGGAUUACCAUGCUCAAGACCAACCCGCCCAAAUUGAACGCCUUCAUCAUGGACAAAUCCUUGCUGGAUUAUGAGGUCUCCAUUGAUUCGGACUGCAAGCUGAUCACGGUGGGGAAACCUUUCGCCAUUGAAGGAUACGGGAUUGGCCUGCCCCAGAACUCACCCCUCACCUCCAACAUCUCUGAAUUCAUCAGCCGAUAUAAGUCAGCUGGCUUCAUGGACCUCCUCCACGACAAAUGGUACAAGAUGGUGCCCUGCGGCAAGCGGGUUUUCGCUGUCACCGAGACCCUGCAGAUGGGAAUAUACCACUUCUCCGGCCUCUUUGUGCUGCUUUGCAUCGGCCUUUGCGGAUCUCUCCUCACCUCCCUCGGGGAGCACAUCUUCUACCGACUCAUCCUUCCGCGCAUCAAGCGCAAGAAGAAGUUCAACUACUGGCUCCAUACUAGCCAGAAAAUCCACCGGGCUCUGAACAUGGGUUUGGAGGAACAGAGGAACAAGAAGCUGAAUCUGGAAAAAAGGUGCAACAUUCAGAAGAGUCAAGAGGAGCCCGAACCGCCUCCACCGAACCAGCCGGGCUGGAACAACCUCCGCCGCGCAGCUGUGAAAAAGGAGGACAAGCGGGUGCAUUUCAACAUCGAGAACGCGCCGGACGGUCCCUCAGAGGAGGAAGAGGACGACGAGCGGGAGGCACCCGUCUGGCACUGCAUGAAUGGCCAGGACCCGCAGCAGGAGGACAAGGAGGCCAAAGAGAAGGAACUCAAGGAGCUGGAGGGGAAAAUCGAGGACAUGCGCGAGCAGCUGCGGGCGGCCCUGGUGCGCAAGAGUGAGCUGAUGGUGGCCCUGGGUCCGCCCCCCAAGGCUCCCCGGCUCCCCCCAGCCCUGAAAGCACUGAUCAAAGAGAGCAACGAGGACAGGUGAUGGAGCCGAGCGGCCCCACAAUGGCGGACCGGGGAGUUCCCCCGUUGAGUGGUUCAUUUGAUAAAAAGCUCCAUCCAAAACUAACAAGCGAAACAUCUCUUGAGCCUGGAGACUUGUGGGCUCCUUUGUUCUGGUGCAAUAGUGCCAUUGACGAUUAUGAAGAACUGCUACGUUCCUGCACAGUAACACAAUUGUGAUUUUGAAUAGGAGCUGUUGCAUUCUAGCGCAGUAACACUAUUGCGAUAACAAAGGAGAGUUGCUGCAUUCCAGCACAAUAACGCAAUAGUGAUUAUGAAUAGGAGCGGUUGCAUUCUAGGGGAGCUGCUGCAUUCCAGCGCAAUACUGCAAUUGUGAUUAUGAAACUGAGCUGUUGCGUUCUACCGUGGUAACACUAUUGCGAUUACAAAGGAGAGCUGCUGCGUUCCAGAGCAAUAACGCAAUUGGGAUUAUGAACUGGAGCUGGUGGGUUCUAGCGAGCUAACACUCUUGCAAUUUCAAAAGGGAGCUGCUGCGUUCCAGCACAAUAACGCUAUUGUGAUUAUGAAGUGGGAGACGCUGCGUUCCAGCACGGUAACGCUAUUGCGAUUAUGAAGUGGAGCUGCUAUUUUCCAGCACAACAGUGCUAAAACAUUCAGUCCAAAAUGAACAAAACAUCCCUCAAGCUGGGAACUUGGGCACUCCUGCGUUCCAGCGCUAGCGUGAUGACAUAGAGGAGCUGCUGCGUUCCUGUGUAACAGCACUGUUGUGAUUAUGACAGUGUUGCUGCAUUCCAGCACAACAGUACUAAUGUGAUUACAAAGGGGAGCUGCUGCAGUCAAGUGCAAUAGUGCAGUUGCGAUUAUGAAGAGUUGCUGCGUUCCAGUGCAAUAGUUCUGUUGUAAUUAUGAAAACUGGUUGCUGCGUUCCAGUGCAACGGUGCUGUGAUUAAGGCGAGCUGCUUUUUAGCACAACAGCGCCAUUGCGAUUAUGAUAGGGAGCUGUUGGUUUCCAGCGCAAAAACGCUAUUGAGACAGGGAAUCUGUUGCAGAAGCCCACAGGUUUGGUUUGCCUUCCUUACACUUGUCCUGAGAUUUGAGCUCUUUCUUUCCCCCGACGUUUGCCAGAGCUUAGUAGCUGAAUGCUUGCUUUGCAUGCAGAAGAUCCUGGGUGCGAGUCCCUGCAUCUCCAGCUACAAAGAGUCCUGGAUAUCCAGGGCUGGGCAACACAUACCAGAAGUGUCUAACUAGUGGCCUGAUUCACUAUAUAAGGCAGAUGCGUAUGCCACCUAUGGCAUACAAAAGUUCAAUGACGACGGAUUGUCUGGGGACGGAGGGGAGCUGCCUCCUGCAAACCAUCAAUACAGCCCGGGUUUUAAUGCGAGCUUUAAAUGAACUCUCCAAAGUUCUGAAUUUAGAUGCAUUCAGUCCUUUGGAGGGCUCCAUUAAGGCCUGCAUUAAGAUGCGGAUAGUUCAGUUCCUUAAAUACAUCAUCAGCACAACUGGUUUCCAAUCCUAUUCAUCAUUUCCCAUUCCCGCCAUCUUUCCAAUAGAUACAAGUCUAUUUUUUUAUACAGAUGAAUAUUAAGGCAAACAGGUUUGAUGCUACGGCAAAUCAUUCUGUGGAAUCCACAAUGGUUGUACACGUAUGAGAGUUUAAUGUGGUCUUGUUUCAAAAGACUUGUGUAUGUUUAUUUCAAAACAGAACUAAGCAGGGUAGAGCUUUACGAUUGUGAAGAGAGAGAGAGCAAUUCAGCAGUCUUUACUUUCUCUCCUUUGUCUCGUUCCAUUUGGAACGAUCACUUAUUAUUAUUAUUAUUAUUAUUUAUAUUAUUAUUUAUUACCUCCCCUCCUGAAAUGAGGAGACAUCUGAUCGUGGAUCAGGGGCUUUGGAGUAGAUGAAAUAUGGGGCAGAAGAUAGAAAAAGGAGCAAAGAAGGAAGGAUGGAUGGAUGGAAGAGAACAGAAGAAAGGGAAGUGAUGGAUGGAUGGAAGGAAGGAAAGAAAGAGAAUCAGUGGAAGGAAGGAAGGAGAGAGAGGAUAGAAGGAAAGGAGGUGAUGGAUGGAUGGAAGGAAGGAAGCAAGUGAGAGGGAGGGA